AUGGACCAUUCACUGAGCAAAAAGUGUCGUCUCUUUCUAGGCAUACUGCUCGCCUUUACGAGCGUCACCGUCACCGAUGCCCACAUUUCCAUGAUAUACCCAUUGCCAAGAGGACACCCCUUCAACCCCAACACUGGCUUUGUUGACUACAACUGCAGAGAUGCACCACUCUACGACGGCUGUGGCGGAGGCAUCGGCAAGACGUUUCCAUGUGGAGGCUACCCACCAGACAAACAAGUGGUCCAAUCCUUCAAUGCUGGUCAGGUCAUCAACGUUCGUUUCGGCAAUGCUCAGUUUGGUUCCGACGGUCAACCUCAACUUACACCUUCAUCCAACCAGGCGCGCCAUGCUGGCGGCCUGUGCGAGUUCAGUUUGAGCUAUGACCAAGGAAAGACGUUUGGUGUCUUUGCACGGUACCAUGGUUCCUGCCCGGAUAUGUAUUACGACUGGCCUGUCAAGCUGCCUGAGAACUUGCCUUCUUGCGACAGCUGCAUUUUUGGCUGGAGCUGGAUCAAUGCAGCGGCGACACAAGCAGAGUUCUACAUGGGAUGCGCGGAUAUAAAGAUUGUCGGCAAGUCUGGUGGUGCCGGUGGAGUGCUGCCUCCCGAGAUUGCAAACACGCCUCUUCGACUAGCCAACAUGCCUGGACAGUCGUACUACCGUGCCGCUGGCGAUCAGUUUGGCAACGCAAAGAGCAACGGACCCAACCAGGCAGAAGUCGAUGCCAAUAUGCGAAGUGCUACCGGUGGAACGGACUCGUCCUUUCAGGCAAAGUAUAAUAAGCGAAAGAGGAGUGCAAGGACGCGUCGUGGCCACUAG